CUUUUCUCUCGGCAGUCCUCACCGCCAUUGCUUACACCACAAGGCACCUUCGGAUUGUGAGAUGGCGUUCGUAACUGCUCGAUUUACUGGCGCAUUCGCCAAACAGCUGGUGCGGGGCGUUGCCAAGUACCCCAACCGCUGCACCGGCGUGAGUUCGUACGUUGCGCGGAACUUUUCUACCUCGAAAUGCGUGUCAGCCGGUCCCGGUGCCGCCGAGGUGUCGUCCAUCUUGGAAGAACGCGUCUUGGGCCAGUCGGCCACGGCCGAUCUGGAGGAGACCGGGCGUGUGCUGUCCAUCGGAGACGGUAUCGCUCGCGUCUACGGACUCAAGAACAUCCAAGCGGAGGAGAUGGUAGAGUUCUCCAGCGGCCUAAAGGGCAUGGCCCUGAACUUGGAGACGGACAACGUCGGUAUCGUCGUGUUCGGCAACGACAGGCUCAUCAAGGAAGGUGACAUUGUCAAGCGGACGGGUGCCAUCGUCGACGUGCCGGUGGGACCCGAGCUUUUGGGUCGUGUCGUCGAUGCCCUGGGCAACCCCAUCGACGGUAAGGGUCCCGUGGCGUGCAAGGGCAGGGCCCGUGUCGGAGUCAAGGCGCCCGGCAUCAUUCCCCGAAUCUCCGUCAAAGAGCCCAUGUUGACGGGAAUCAAGGCCGUCGACAGCCUGGUGCCCAUCGGUCGUGGCCAGCGUGAGCUCAUCAUCGGCGACCGUCAGACGGGCAAGACUGCCAUUGCCAUCGACGCCAUCAUCAACCAGAAGCGCUUCAACGAGGGCUCCGAUGAAAAGAAGAAACUGUUCUGCAUCUACGUCGCCAUAGGCCAAAAGAGGAGUACCGUCGCCCAAAUCGUCAAGCGACUGACGGGCUCCGAUGCCAUGAAGUACACCAUCAUCGUCAGUGCCACGGCCUCGGACGCCGCUCCGCUGCAGUACCUGGCGCCAUACGCAGGCUGCGCCAUGGGAGAGUACUUCCGGGACAACGGGAUGCACGGCCUCAUCAUCUACGACGACUUGUCCAAGCAGGCCGUGGCCUACCGUCAGAUGUCGCUGCUGCUGCGGCGACCCCCCGGUCGUGAGGCCUACCCGGGUGACGUGUUUUACCUUCACUCCCGUCUUCUGGAGCGCGCGGCCAAGAUGAACGACUCCUUCGGAGGCGGCUCCCUUACGGCCCUUCCCGUCAUCGAAACCCAGGCCGGUGACGUGUCUGCCUACAUUCCGACCAACGUCAUCUCCAUCACCGACGGGCAGAUCUUCUUGGAGACUGAACUCUUCUACAAGGGCAUCCGGCCAGCCAUCAACGUCGGUCUGUCUGUCAGCCGAGUCGGAUCGGCGGCUCAGACCAAGGCCAUGAAGCAGGUUGCAGGUUCCAUGAAGCUGGAGCUGGCGCAGUACCGAGAGGUGGCUGCAUUCGCACAGUUCGGCUCCGAUCUGGACGCUGCCACGCAGCAGCUGCUGAACCGGGGUGUCCGCCUCACAGAGCUCCUGAAACAGGGCCAGUACUGCCCGAUGGCCAUCGAGGAGCAGGUGGCAGUCAUCUACACGGGUGUGCGCGGUUACCUGGACAAGAUGGAUCCGUCACAGAUCAACCGGUUUGAGCUCGAGUUCCUGCAGCACAUCAGGUCCACGCAGAAGGACCUCUUGGCGACCAUUGCUAAGGAGGGCCAUAUCAGCGAUGACACAAACAAUAAGCUUAAGAAGAUAGUCACAGACUUCAUGGCAUCAUUCCAGCAGUGAAGGUAGUGAGCAAGUGCCCAGCCAUUCCAGGGUGCCUCCCCUGCAAUAGACUCUAGGGGGGUUCAAAGGGAACACAAGCAGCGUGCGGCUUUUUGCGUUGGAGAAGUUUUGUGAAUAAAUAGUUUUCUCAUACAAGA